AGUCAAAACAUACGUCAAAUGACGCAUGCGUAAUUGGAUUAUGUUUGUGUAUUUUUCAGAAAUAUUUUGACGAACAUGGCGCCAUGUGCUUUGUUAAUGUUUAUAUCACCUGGAUUUUUUUCUCGAAACUAGUAUGAAUCAACAUUUUAUAGUUUCAGAAAAUGUAAGAUUUGAUCUAGCGAACAACAAUAAGGGAGAAUCGCUUAAAAAUGCCAGGAUCGGGCACCUGGCUGUUCUGCCAAGCGAUGUCAAUCAAACUCGUGCCAAUGUUUACAUCUCAGAAAAUGACAGAUCGGAACUGAUAAACGGAGACACUCGAUGUGGAAGGGAGACUCAGCCCAAAGGUCGAUAUAGUAAUAUCGAGGAAGGACUGGAGUCUUCCGUAAGCAAUGAAGCUAAAGACAGAAUUAACAGGAUUGUGGGAGAUGUAAAAAGCCUGUCAGAUGUGGAGAAACUGCUACUGUAUCUACGACUACCAACAGGGGACACCAGCAAAGAUCUCAGACAGACCCCAACAUCAUGUCUGCAGACAUCAAAUAGAACAGAACAGGCACAAGCGUACACAUGGAUAAGGUCACAUCUAGAGGAGGACGUAGAGAUCUGUCUUCCGAAACAGGAAGUGUACGAUGAUUACAGAGUGUAUUGUGAGAACCAUGGUAUCCGUCCGUUGAGUACAGCUGACUUUGGAAAGUUGAUGAAAUGUGUGUUCCCUAAUACGCUUUUCUCCUUAACACAACUCACAUACUGUUAUGGCGGCCUGAGGAAGAAGUUGGACAUUGAGGCUCCAAACCUUCCAGACCUGGAGAUCAGUCCUCACAAACAACAGGAUGCUGGAUCGGAGGAUGACGAGCUGUACUCUGCGUCCUGCCAGCUGGUGUGUGAGUGGGCCCAGAAACUACUGGAACAGAACUUUCCCAGUGUACGCGAGCUGGCCGAGCACCUGGUCAGCCAUCUUUACGUCAACAGCAAGUCUGUGUCCGCUUUUACUGUGGUGGCUGGAAUGCAGGACUCGGGAAUACAGAACAUGAAAGUGUCGUCCAUGUUUUCCAACACCACGGGAGGGGACAGACAUAGAGAGACUCAGUUACAACUCCAGAGAAAGCUUCACGAACGGGAACAACUUCGGGAACACAAGAAAAAACUUCAGAUACAAAAAGAGGAAAAUGAACAGAAAGCAAAAGAAGCACAGGAUCGCAUGACACCGUCACUUACCUCCCCUACAUUGUUACGUGCUCUUACUUCUCCUGCCAGGAGAAUCUUCGAUAAGAAAGACGAAGAUCCGGGUUUGGCACGCUCUAAGUCUGUUUUGAGUGGGAACACAGGAAAGAACAAACAAACUGAAUCUGUGAGGAGUAAGUCAUCUCUGUUUAAGGAGAAAAUUAACCAGAAACAAGCAAAGCCUUGUCAGGACAUGGAGGUCGAUGUGUCAAGGUCACCACCCAAAUGUCAAGGUCACAAUCAACUGGGUAUGGAAGCUAUGGAUACAGGAAAUGAUGCAGAUGUUCAAAGUCAUCUAACUGGUCCAAAUCUUGUAAAAGAAAAAGAACAAACAGACAAAAAGAAGUCAAAAGUGAAAUCAUUGCCAAAUGAUUCUGGAAAUCAAUGUGAAACUGGGAGGGAUGAUUGGAAUGUUACUUUGAUGGAGAGAGUGAUGGAAUCAGUUCAACAAGUAAGAGAUAGCUGGCACAUUGGACCUGAAUCCUCUGGGCGGCCAUUCCACACAAUAAUGAAACCGUCUGCUGUGUCUCAACAUCGAGCACAUCAGCCUGAAAGUAAAGUACAGAUGAUGAAGGUGGUGGACAGAGAUGAGGAAUCAAGGGAGAUAAGUCUGUCACCAGACAUCGUAGAAGAUACAGUCACAGAACAAAGUCUGAUAGACAAUUCACAAGAAAUGGUGCCCAACUUUGAUGCCAUGGAAAGUUUGGAAAUUAUGAGGAAAUCUGACGAGUGUCUUCAUUUGUCUGUCUCUUCUGUUUCAUCGUCAUCGUCUGUGUCUUCAUCAGUUUCCAGAAGUGCAUUUGUGCCUUUUUCACAAAUGGGUACCCGUAAAGAAAAUGACAUUCUCUCAAUGCGAAUUCCGUCCUCCACAUCCAGUCAUAGUUCAGUUGUGACCGAAUCUGAUGUUCCUCCUAAAACAAGUGUCUCAGUCAGUCAUUCCCUCUCAUCAGGAACUGUACAGUCAUCCAGUAUAACACAAAUUCCGUCCAUUCCUUCCCACAAAUCUCAAAACUUUGCCUCAGUAGAUGCCGUUGUGAAACCUCCUGGAAGUUUAAGCUUAAACUUGAAUUCUCCAGGGAGCGUCAAUGUGUCGUAUCCAACUUGUACGACAGUCGGACUUCUAGGUGCUAUGUCUACGACGUCUGACAUUCCAACAUCACAAGCAUUACCACAAACAUCGCCAUCAACACCAAAAAAGACCAAGUCACGAUUUACUCCAAUCCGUCCCAAGGCUUCUCCUUCUAAGACUGUCUCAAAUAUACUCAAGGAAAAAAGUAACGAGAGUUCAAUAUACAACAAGUCCAAACCGGUAGCAACGCUUCUCAAAGAGAAACGUGCCCGAGAAGCUGAGGUGUUGGCUCAGACUCAGCUGACUGGCGGGACAACUGUCUCACCAGGAGGAAUCAACCAAUCAGGUUCAGGCGUUCAGAUCCAAAACAUUCAGAACAUCACCGCAUCUACUUUACCAAAAUCAUUAGAGCUGAAUAAACCUGGAGAAUUUUUCAUCAUAUUGAAUCCCACCCUGCCAGCUACCCCGGUCAGUAAGAUGUCUGUGGUUAGUCCUGUUUCUACAGUAACACAGUCAUUUAUGUCAAAUUCUGGUACCAUGACAACCAGCUCCAAAGGAAAACCAGAAAUUAGCAAAGGUCAAAGGUCAGUAAAUCCAAGUCGUAGUCGUACAAACUCUUCAUCUGAGUCUGAAAUUGAAAGUAUCUUUCCCAUGGGGAAAGAAAGUGUGAGCAUUGUAUCCGAUUCAGCAGAGGAAAGUUUCACUGAUUUCAAUAUGGAUGAAACUCCUUCAAAAUUGGUGAAAAUUGACUGUGACCAAGGUGUUUCGUCACGGCCGGGUAGUCGUUGUUCUGUUGACAGAGAAACACCAUCAUUUGGACGGAAACGGAAAUUCUACACAUGUGGAAAUGUUUCUUAUCAUAAAAGAAUCAAUUCUACUGAUGAUACGGAUGAUGAAGUGGUUAUCAUUGAGCAAAAAGACUCUGGUAAUUCAAGACGGGCCAAGUCUUGUUCACUGGAGCAGCAAGAGAAAGAUGAGAUGAUGUCCCCGAUCCACAAAGAAAACCUUAACCACACGAUUGACAGUCUACAUUGUCCCGAUAUUUCAAUUCUUGAAAUUGAUGCCUUGUCAGAUAGUGGUUUGGAUUCUGAGCAGCUUCAACUUUUGUCCGACUCAAACACCACAAAAUCUGUAACACAGACACAAUCGGCGGCUGUAGGUGUUAACACACUACUGCUACGACAACGAGAAUUUCUGAAACAGAAGGAGAUGCUUGAUGAACGGAUGAAGUCGUUUUGGAGCAAAGAGAGUAAAGUAAACAAUUUUAACAAUUCUGAUGUGGUCAACAUGGAAGUUCAUAGUGAACUACCUCAGGACGUUGCUGAUUUUAUAACUGAUGCUCUCACUGGCAUAGCUAAUACUAACAUUAAUGAGGACACCAAUAGAAUGGGGAGUGUAGAAAUGGAGACUCAACAUUCCAGGGUACGGAGUCAGGAUCGGAAGGGAAAUGGAGGCACCAGUACCGUUACAAGUCGGAAUUUCCUACAGCCUACAGCUUCUUCACCUUUGACGGCUGUGUCGGUCAAAACACAGAGAAAAAGGGAUUCUGUCCAAGACACAAGUCAGGAAAAAGCACAGGAGGCUUCUACAAAGACUUCUACAAUAACUAAUUUUGUGAGCCCACAAAGGCCGGUCCGUCGACAGAGGACACCAUCCAUUGAACGACUUUUAGGGCCAACGGUCACCUCAGACCGUCAUGUCCAACUACAAUCUCCUCUGGAUAGGGGUUUGACCUCUCACAAUGAGAGAGGAAAUCAGUAUUUAACUGAGCAAGGUAAAGCUACCACACCAACAAGCUUUGCUAGCCCUGUACAUCCGGUAAUGCAAAGGAAACGAGAAGUAUCGGUGGAUCGCCUCAGUAACCAGACACCGUUUUCUGAUGCUGGUUACGGUAGUAUUGGAGCCAGUCCAAUCCUGACAUCUACUCCAGUGUCAGGUCUUGGAGGUAUUUGUGAUACAACAUUGAAUUCCACGUCAAGUGCUGGGCUGCUGAUGAGUCGGCCUGAUUCCGUACAGAGCUUAGCUAGUGACACUGUAAUGCAGAGCCCUGUGCCUCCCUUCUCUCCACGAAAUCACACAUCAACACCGCUGUCAGUUCGCUCACCAUGCUCCACACAAAGCAGCAACCCUGUACAGAGCCCACUGGGAAUGGGCCCUCCCACACGCGCAUUCAUGCCCAUUCAAAGUUCCUCUACACAGAAGUUAGAAACCACUGUCACAUUGAUAAAACCGACUGUUACUAUUGCCAGUGGAAAUGGAGGUGAGGGAAAGGAGAUCCUUAAAGAUUUGAUCGGGAUAGGAAGUAUUCAGCCAGAAAUUUCUCAUCAGACUCGGCCCCCACCUUCCUACAAAGCGGCUGUACAGUCACUCACCUAUUUACAAGGUGAGACUACCGAGAAUUCCGGGGCGUUCAACCGUCCUCCCAGCGGACCAAUGGACUUUCCUAUGACCAAUAUGGUGUCAACGACAAAGCAUCAGUCUGUGAUUGGCAUGAUGGGAAGGAAUAAUGAGGUCCUAUCAGAUUUAAAUAUACAGCUGAAUCAUGGGAAUGAUUCUGGUCAGCCAGAUACAAAUAUUGCCAGUACAUACCCUUGUUCAUUCCAACUAGCACUCAUGUCACAGAAAUCACGAGAAGAUGGCAAAGAGGCUGUGACAGGGUCGUCACGGUACAAGUCUGGACAAAAAGGAUCUCUGUCAUCAGGAACACGGACAUUAAGUUCUCAACCAUUGGAUGGGCAAGGAAGAACUGGCAAGGCUACAGAACCAAUGGUGUUAGGAAAAUCUCCACUACAUAUGAUGGAGGAACAAAGAAAUGAUCAUUUACCAGAGCAAAUGAUUCUGGGCCAGACAUCUCUACCGCAUUCAGAUGGAUCAGUUAGUGGCGGUCAAUACCUGGAAGCAAUGGUUUUGGGAAAGUCACCUUCUCAAAUAUCUAACACAGAGUGCCACAGAAGGGGCCAGUCAGAAUCCAGUUCCGUUCAAGUUAUGUCCUCAAAGGCUUACAAAAGACCCAGUUCCCAAAAAUCUGAUCAUUCUGGUCGUGACGUAUUCAGUCCUGAAAUCCACGGAAGAGAAUUCAUGACUGGAGGCAUGAUGAUACAGAAUUCUAAAGAAAAGGACAUAGAAAGCAUUUUAAACAUCCUGAAGGAGCCCAACCAGCAUGGAAAACAAGCAGACAAGGGUAAGCAUGGAGGAAUUGUGAAGAAAGUUCAGACGGUGUUACCUAAUGCAAACUACAAGGGAAAUGCUCCAAAUGUGAACUUAACGAACACUAGACUUUCUGAGAAGCUGCGACCGUAUGUCAUGGACAAAGUCAUGACCUCUGUUAUGGACGACGUUGAGUUCUCUGCGCGACGGAACUUGAUGCCCGAUCUUAUGGAGGAACCAAGCACGACAGAAAUCAAUGAAGAGGAACUGAUGUCGACCCUGGAAGAUCUGAGAUCUGUUGAUGAAAAAUAUUUCGUCCAAGAUGAUUUCAACUCAAAAAGGCUUUAGUAUUGUUUUGUGAGGGUUAAGACAGUUACCUAAAAAAGGUUUAUACAGUGUACUAAUAUGGUGGUGUGUCAAAGGGGCUUAAUAUAUAUAUAAAUAGUCAACACAGUAACAACAGACGUUACUGGUGAGAGAUAUACAUAUGACACUGAUGGUUUUACAUCAGAUUUUUGUCAUUGAAUGAAUUUGUCAUCAUAAAGUGUAAAAUUAAGGUGAUUAUAAGGACCUGGAUUUUCAGUUUUUGCUGAUCAAAUAAUUUUAAAAGUAUUUUACAUUAUAAUGACCCAAAUUUUCAGAUUUUGCUGAUCAAAUGAUUUUAAAAGUAUUUUUAAUUAUAAUGACCCAAAUUUUUCAGUUUUUACUGAUCAAAUGGUUUUACAUGGUAUUCAGUACCAUAGAUUAAGAUUGUGUCAGUAGUAUUUUCUGUGUGUACAUUUUAGAAUGUUAUUUUCAAUCUUAAUCUUUAUAACAGAAGAACAAACAGCAUUGUCUGUGACAUGUUUAGUAUUGCAGGUUUUGAGGGUUUUUUUAUCGUUUUAUGACAAUGGUGACAAUUUAUAGAUAGAUUCAUAGAAAUAUGCUGGUAAUUUUUUUUUGUAUUUUUAGCAUAAUGUAAAAUUUAUCUGUUUUAUAAUAUAAUAGUUUUAAAUUGGUGGGAUUUUAACUUAUUUAUGAGUCAUGAUAAUCAUGUAGGUAUUUAUUGCUGACCGAAGCAUAUUUUAUCUGGUUGAUUUUCAGAUUUAGAGUUUGUUUGAAAAACAUCUUUUUUAAGAUAUAAUGGCCAUGGAAUGUCAUUGAGAAAUAUUUCUCCCAUGAAGAUCUUAAGAUUCCCUAACAUUGUACCCAGAUGGUAUUAUAACAUGCUGCUGAGCUGUCAUCAAUUUAUAGAGUCAGCAUGCUUAUUAUUUAAGCAAAUAUAUACAAAAUGAUUGGAGGGAUGUCAUUAUAGGGACAGAUAAUAUGUAAAAAAGAAUGUGUACAAUGUGCCUGAUCUACUGACUGGAUGUGGCACCUACAGUUUGGAUCAAACUAAAUUUGGUGGCCGAAGUGUUUUGUGUUUGGUGUUGAAUAUAAACAACAUAUUAAUUAUAUAACCUGUUAUGUGGGAAUCACUGGGGGUUGAUUGACAUAUUACACCACAGGAACUAGCCUUCUCUGUCAAUACACUCAAUAUUAUAAUGAUUAUGUAUUAAUUUCUUUGCAUUUAUCACCCUUCAAUAGCCAGGGUAAUUUUGAGGCAGUUGUAGUAGUUGGUGACUAAUUAGGGUAAAAUGUCUUGCCCAAGGACACAACAACGCUAGCACAGACUUUCCGAGAAACACAAACCGACACGGGUAUGGAACGUCAAACCACACACCUCAGAUCUUUACCUGAGAUUACGUGACCGGCGUUCUAACCGACUGAGCUAUCGCAGCCCCCUCACCUGAGACUGCGUGACCGACGUUCUAACUGACUGAGCUAUUAAGCCCCCUCACCUGAGACUGUGUGACCGGCGUUCUAACCGACUGAGCUAUCGCAGCCCCCUCACCUGAGACUGCGUGACUGGCGUUCUAACCGACUGAGCUAUCACAGCCCCCUCACCCUAGAUUACGUGACCGGCAUUCUAACCGACUGAGCUAUCGCAGCCCCCUCACCUGAGACUGCGUGACCGGCGUUCUAACCGACUGAGCUAUCACAGCCCCCUCACCUGAGGUUACGUGACCGCCGUUCUAACCGACUGAGCUAUCGCAGCCCCCUCACCUGAGACUGCGUGACCGGCGUUCUAACCGACUGAGCUAUCACAGCCCCCUCACCUGAGACUACGUGACCGGCGUUCUAACCGACUGAGCUAUCGCAGCCCCCUCACCUUAGACUGCGUGACCGGCGUUCUAACCGACUGAGCUAUCGCAGCCCUCUCACCUGAGACUACAUGACCGGCAUUCUCAUUAAUUUGUAUUGAAUGUAUUGACAGGCCUGGCUAGAACCUGUGAUUAGACAUGGGUCAUUUUGAUAUACAGCAUUUUUCCGCUUUUGGCAUUUAUUAUCAUUAGAACUAAAUUUAUCACAAAACUCAGUUCAUCUUUCAUGGUAAUAGAGUGAGAUGCAAGUCGGACAAAUCAUAGGUAUCCAUAAUUCAUGUAGUGGUAUUUAUUUUACAUAAAGCUGUGAUUGCCAGGUUUAAUUAUCAUGUGGACAGUUAUUUAUUAAAGGCAUGGAAGGAAAUACAAAAACGUGUAACACAAGUGUAUUUGUACUAAAAGGUCAUCUUGCGACAUUUAUAUGUUUGUGAAUGCCAUUGUAAUCUAUAUAUGAAAUAGGUGCUUCAAUGUUUAACAUUGCAACUUAAGGCAUUUUUUUACAAAUAAUUUAUUAAAACAUUUUAAUGCUGCCUUAUGCUAUUUAAACAUUUUUAAUACUCAAAAUAUUCACCCCUAAACAGCUUUGAACAACAAGAAUAUAUUUGUGUAUUUUUCAUCAUGUAACGGAUUAUUUAAGUUAAAAUGUAUUUCAGAUCUCUCGUCACCAAUAUUAAUGCUAUUUUAUCUUUGAACUGUCUAGUCGCAUGUUUUUUGACUAAGCUAGAGGUAAGUCGUAUCCUUUAAGUUCAUCAAUGUAAAAAUAUAAAUUUAAUUUCACUCACUGUUACAACAAUUGCAGACAAGUUUUCUACCAUACUUAGUAAUCACACUUGUUGGCCAAGGUGGAAGUGUAAUGACAGGAUCUUAAUGUGGGAGUAAACCGGAGCACACAGAGAAAGCCUGUGUGAUAUGGUGGAUAACCCAAAAAUCCUUUCACCAAUAUACAUGGGAUGUUAAGGUUAAAGGUAGUGCGCCAACCAACCACCCAGUUAAGUUCCUAGAGUACAGAGAUUAAAUUAGAUUGUAGUCCCAAUCGUGACUCCUGACCUCAAUAAGAAAUCUAUGGUUCUAACUUGCUAUACUAAUCCAAUAGCAUUUUUACCAGAGCAAAAUAAAAAUAUAUUUGACAGGAUGAAUUGGUUAAUAUACUGAUUAUAUUAGACAUUUUAUCUGUACUGAAAAUCAUUUCAAUUAUUUCUUGCUUGUAACAUUCAAAUUUGAUUUUUUUUUUUUCAAUUUUUUUUUUUUUAAUAUCUACGAUUCUAGAUACAAGUGUUGAGAUGUGUAAUAUCAACUUUUCCUGAUCUGCUCUUUUUCUUCGAUAGAUAUAUUAGAUGGUGUCUUGUUUGAAAUUUUCACAUCAACGAAUUAAGCCAGUAUGGAGUACCAUGUAUAAAUCUGAGGAUGAUGUGAACAAUUUCUCAUUAAUUAUUUAUUUAACAUGACUCAUGAACAUCGCAUUCCAUGAGAAAUUUUAUAUAUUUGUUCGCUUACUUAUUUAUAUAAUACAUUUUAAUUCAUUUGCUCAUUAAAACUUCACUUCAUUUCCAGAAUUCUGAAACAUAAAUGCUCACAAUACAUAUCGCCAUUUUCCUGGGUUAAUGUCUGUAUCAUGACACAUUCGAUAGAACAAACAUAGAGUAAUUCAGAUUUAAAAUGGUUUUAUAAACUUAUGGUAUUUAACAAAACAAUUUAUUUCAAUCAUUGUUGUGAGUGUGUGAGGGGUCUUACUGUUUGAGGAAACCAGAGUCCCAGGGAAAGCAAUGUGGUUGUGUAGGUGACCCAUACCUUGUCAUGUCUGAUACAGGAAUGGAAACGUAGUCACCUUGGUGAAAGGGGAAUGUGUCGCCACUGCUCCACCUGGUGUUGUGAAUUUGAAUCACUCUUUGGUUAGACUCGUGUUCUUUUCAUCAGUAAUGACCAAAGACAUUGCUUCAAAUAUUUUUUAGAAGGAAAGUUUAAAACUUUUUUUAAAAAAGUAGUUUAUUUCAAUCUUUGAAAUAUUACUGUUGAAUGAUGGAACUUGACAAAAACUGUAUGAAAUACAUCUUUCUAAACAGAAAUGAGCAUUGUAGUAAAAUAAUGGUAUAGAAUAUUGUAAAAGAUUAUAAUAUCUCUAUGAUUUCACUCCUUUGCUGUGGUUUCGACUAAGAUAAACAAUAAUAAUAGAAUUAUGUCUGAAAGAAAAUGUUAUAAGGUAAAUAACAAUGUGACCAGUAUUUCUUUUUCUGAGCGGAUUCUGCAUCUGACUUCUGAAUGAUUUCCUAGAUUAAAAUGUUCUGUAUAUACAUAUGUAUAUAUCUAUAACUGUCUUAUAUUAUUAUCAAGUACUCUGUAGCAUUUAACUCUAUAGAUAUACAUUUUAAUCAGUCAGGUGUAAAAUUGAUGCAGUAAACAAUACCAUACCUUGUGUAUAUAAAUUGACAUUCAGUUACAAUCUAAUAUUGUAACUUACAUUAAGGAGGAAAAAAAAUGAAAAAUUUAUGUCACAACAGAACAAUCUUAAUUAAAUAGUAAUAGGUACUCAAAAUUGUUAAACAAAUUAAUAAUUUAUUUUUAUUAUGUUAAGGAGCUUAGAUUAAUUUCCUUAUGACAGAGUUAUCGAACAACUCCACAGUUACAUAUACAUGACUUUCAAAUUUGAUUUUCGUGGAGGGAUGAAAUAUUUUUUCACCUUAAACUACGGUAGGAAAGCUUCUUUGUGUUAUGAAAAUGGUAGAGUGAAGCUUGUGUAUCUAGUUGAUGGCGAAUUUGUAUAUAUCUGGGGUAUAUUUACAACAGAAAUUGUAUUUUCGUAAAAAUAGAAAUGUGUUGAAGUGUAUGUAGAUGUUUCAAGCAGUGCUUUUAUAAACUGUAUCCUGUAUGAUAAGUGCUAUUUAAUGUCCUAAAUUACUACUUGUGCAUACAACAACACCUGUAUUAACAACUUCAGAGGUAUUAAAUUUCAGACAACACCACAUUGUCUAAAUUUUAAAAUAAAUCAUUAACAACUUGUUUGGUAUUAAAUAAACGGGAAAAUGAGUUCAGAAAUUUGUGUCUUUGAACACAGGUAUAAAACAUACAUUCAUAUGGAUUAUAAUUCCCAGUACAUGAAAAUUAUUUGUACUUUUCUCGUUAAUUCAAUGACUACAACUUAGCAAAGUCAACUCCCCUGCAAAUAUUACCAACUACAGUCAAACCUGCUUUAGUGACUGCCUGAAGCGACUCCCUUUCAUAUGUGACCGUGUUUUUCACUUCUAAUGUUAAUUAUAUACUAGUUUACUGAACCUGGAUUAAGAGACCACCUGUCAAAUUUUAUAAUAUUUUUCCCUCCAAAUGCUAUUUAUAUACUAGUUUCCUGAACAUUGAAUAAGAGAACACCUGUCAUUUGUGACCUUUGAACCUGGAUUAAGAGAACACCUGUCAUUUGUGACCUUUGAACCUGGAUUAAGAGACUACCUGUCAUUUGUGACCUUUUUAUUACCUCCCUUGGAAGGUCAGUUAGAUAGGUUUUACAGUAUAUACAGUAUUUAAACAUUAAAGUUUUCGAAGUGACAAUGCUUAAUUACUAGUUAUCAUAUCCAAAUGGAUGACUACAGGUUUUGUUGUAUGUAAGGUGUCUCCUUCAAAAGGAUUCCAUAUGAAUAACAUUGUAUGAAUUUUAUAUGCAAAUUUUUUUGUACAUAUACAUUGUUUAAUCCAUUGACAGUGAAUUGUCCGACACAAUGAGGAUGGUGUGUGACUUGUACAUACAUUCUCACUUACUCUCAGUAAGGGUAAAUCUUCCAGAGUAUCCUUUAUGUUCUCAUGUUUAAAAGAAAUCUUGUUGUAUUGGUUUCAUUUGAUCCAGAAAGAAAUCCUAACUAGAUCAGAUGUGUUUUUUUGUAUAAACAGUUGUGAAAAGUAAGUGUUUUUAUCUUUGUGUUCAGAAAUUUCAUGACAUUUUGAGAAUGUACAUGUAUACCAGGCAAUGCCAAGGAAUUUAAAUUUUAGUUCGAAGAAUUUUUACACUACAGGUACUAAUACUUCGGUACAUGAUGUAUUUGAUUUUGUACAAUAGUGACGGUCUAGAUUUUGAAAGGACAAUUCCAUUUCCAUACCUUUGAGAGGGUUACUUUGUACAAUUGUAUAUACAUGGUGAUCUCAGUUUCAUCUGAGUUCUAAGGCUGUGUGAUGAUUUUUUUUAAGCUUAGAAAUUUUAUUGUUUACUUACUUGACAUUACAGUACAUACAUAUGUACCUGUUGUGUUUGACAGGAAAAUUUUAGAAUUAAAAUCGAUGGACAACAUGUGAUGAAGAAGGUAUUCCUUCUAGAGUAUCACUUUGUGUUAUUUCUACCAGAAAUUUACAGCUUGUGCUGGAUUAAAUGUGGAAAAUUUAGGAAUGUUUCCUUAAUGAUUGGUAAGAUUGUAUAUCAUUACUUGUAAGAUAUGUCUUCAUUUUGGGAAAAUAACAUUCUUUGUAGCCGGGGGAAACAGCCUGUAUUUGGUGUUAAAACAGGACAAGAAGUCAUUAGAACUACAAAAUGAAAUAUUGGUAUAUAUAUAUAUAUGGUUUGAGAUUUUGUUAUCAUAGAAUAACAUUGAAUAUUUUUACACUGUAAAUACCAGGUGUGUAAUAUAGAUAUUGAUUAUAUAAGUAUUAUGUAGCAGUAAAACCUGAUACUGACAACAUUUUCAUGUCAAAUACAAAAAAUCUUGACCUGAAAUAAUCAAUGUGAAACUAAAUAUAAAACAUUUGAUAUAAAUGGUUAAAAAGAUUUUAGAACAAUUAUUUAACCAUUUAGACCUUGAGCAGAACUUUGUGAUAUUACAUUAAAGAAGAGAUAAUUCCCAUUCCUUCAAAUUUGGUGUGCAUUAGCUGUAAAUGAAACAACAGACACCAAUACGGCUUUCGUUUGUUAAUUUAACAAAAUAGCUAAUUUUUAAUGGCUUCUGAUUGGUCAAAAUGUAGAUGUUUGAUUUUUUUUUCAAAUUUUAUAUGUAGGUGUACAUUUACACUAGGAAUACUAACGUCUGUUGCUUAUUAAACAAAAUUAACUUUUAAUAUUGGUCUUGCGUCAAUCCGUGUGUAAUAUUCAGUAAAAGGAUGAUUUAUUUAUAAAAUAACCAUUUGAAUAUCGACCCAAAUGUGGAUCGCUUCUUUCCCACACAAUUUAGAGGGCUGAAGUUCUAGUGUCAAUUAUUGGUAGCACUUAUAUAAAAAUGAUAAUGAAAAGUCAGAGAUAUUCAACCUUUUCCUUCGGAUAUUUAUGGGGUUGCCACUAAACUAUUUAUUAGUUUAACAGAGAAUUGUCUGAAAUCAAAAAGGAUAAUGAAAUGUCAGAGAUAUUCGACCUUUUUCCUUCGGACAUUUAUGGGUUUGCCACUAAACUGUUUAUUAGUUUAACAGAGAAUUGUCUGAAAUAACAUUUUGCUGCAUCACUUUUUAUCAUGUAAUGUAAUAUAAAGGCAAAGUUAUCAUGCUUUUUAAUGAUUUUUGUGUUGAAAUUUCGUAUGAUUUUUAUCACUUUUAUUUUUUGUACAUAUAAUUUUGUCAUUAUCCUUCCUCCUAUUAUUCUUUAUCCGUCCCUUCACUUUGAACUCAUAUUUAUUAUUUUUUGAUAUAAUCACUUUCAUAAUUUAAACCAGUAAGUUAUUUCCAAAGUAAAAUUGUUGAUUCAGUUUGUAAUAUUUAUAAAAAUUAUUGAUACAAUGUAUUGAGAUUUAUUGUAGAUAAUGAAAUCGUGCAUUUUAUUUAAUUAUUUAUUUUACAGCAGAAAGCAUUUUCAUUGAAGAAAACAUCAAAUGUUCCAAUACUAAAAUCACAUACUCAAAAUUAAUUAGAUUAGGUGAAUAAAGUGUCAGGAGGUUUAAAUUUUUAUGUUUAAAAAAUAAAAUACCUAAAGGCAAGAAAUAACUUACCUACCGAGUUUUUUUAGCAGAACCCCCAAUAUUACAGUAAAUUUUCUAGCUGAAAUCACAAUAAAUUAAAAUAAAGAUUUAACAGUAAGUUCAUUAAAACGCAUAAGGUCUACAAUGUUUCCCACAAAAACAUUGUCUCGUUUUAAUUGAUAAAACUAUACAAUGUGUAAUGAUGAAAUGUACAAAGUUUCUUUUACUACAAAUAUUAUGCAAGAAAUAUGAUUUUGGUAUGUUGGAAAUUGGUAGGUAAUUACUAUCGGUAUAAUAAAAUGAGUUGGUAGAAAUUAAUCCUCAAUACCUCAUUAAUUGUGAUUAUGAAGCUGAUAAAACUAUUUAAGGUAUUGUUUCAAUUAAAAUAUUCGCCUUAAGAGUUGUUUUCAUGAAAACUGGACAGAUACUUUUCACAUUGUAGACCGUAUGAUUUUGAUUUUUGCAUUAAAUAAAAAUGAAUUCAAUUCUAAAUUUAUUACAAUGUAUACAAACCCACAUUGAAUGAAAACCUCAGUUAUUAUGAACAUGUCAGAAUUUUCAGUUUUUGUUUUAUCGUAGUGUAGAUUUUAAGUUAUAAUUUAUAGAUUUAUUUAUUCUGCUUCAGUUCCAUUUACACUAAGCUUGCCUUACUUUGCCUUUAAUUCUAUUUUAAUCCUCUACCAUAGGUUUCCACUCAGUCCAUCUUGUACGUACAAACAUAACACAAAGUUUGUCAGCAAUUUAGCUGCUUCAUUCUUUAGGUAUUUUCAUCAAAUUUAACAGUGAUAAAGGACCAUAAUAUCUCGGACAAGUUCAAGUUUCAGGGUUCUUAGGUCAAGGUCACUGAUACUAUUUUUAGUAGGGGCCAGUAGGGACAUUUAUGCUUGUUGUUCUUGAAUAUAUGGAAAACAUCACCAUUCAUUAACCAGAAUGUAAGUUUGAGCAUCAGAGUAAAAAUUUUGUCUAAAUGUUUCUGGUAUACAAUACCAUUCCACACAAGCUGUGACACUUUGUAUGGAAUCUAGUGUUUCAUCUGAAAUAGAAUCUUUAAAGUUUAUUCUUGAUUUAAUUCAUUUGAAUAAAAUAAUAGGUUUUAAAUAUGAUCAGAAUGGGUUAUAACAUAAAAAAAAUUACAACAUUUAGGAGAUUUUUUCUUAUGAAUGUUGUUUGUGUACAUGGUAGUUUGAUAUUACUCUAAGUAUAUCGAUGCUUGAACUACAUAACAUAUCCACUUAAUUUGCCUCAUUCCAUUUCACAAAUUCCAUUUUAUCAAACAAAUAAUCCAUUUUGAUAAGUUAAUGUAUUUUUCUAUAAUUAGCAUGGCUACAGUGUAUCACCAAAUCAUUUGAUCUCAUCCGAUGUAUUUGUCCAUAUGCAAAGUUAAACUUGGCAUGAUUCUUUGUUUGUGAAACCUAAAAUAAAAUAUCUAAGCAUUAAUUGUAACACAAGAUGUGGAUGAUAACAUACUAAUAACACAAUACAUGAUACAAAUUUUUAAUGAUCCCGGUCAUUUUUGUUGAAUUUCAUAUCAUUAGCUGAUUUGCUUUGUGCCGUUUGAAGUGUAACUUUUAGUUCCCCCUGGUGUAUCGUGUUGAAAUCGUCCAAUGUCUAUGUAUACUGAACAUUAUUGGACUUUUUCACAUUCAGCAGUAAAUUUGUGCCUUGUGUUUUUUAUUUAUCCUUUAUGGGAGGUAUGAUCAAUCUUUAGCCUGUAUUUUGAUUGAUUGCUGGAAACUAUUUGUAUAGAUGUGAAGUUGUGAAAUGUUGUUUCAUAUCAACAAUAUUUUGCCCAUUUUAAAACUUAAGUUCUUUAAUAAGAAAUAUUAGAUUUCUUUUUAUUACAAACCUAACUAUACCCAGUUCUACACAGUAUUAUGACUGACUGGACAUUUGUCCAUUGAAUUACAUUGAUAACAUGGUCAAGGAAUCUUUAUAUAUCUUACCCUGAAUACGUGUAUCCAUAUUUCUAAUGUUGUGGCAUUUCCUUAUUUUAUUCAAGGGUUGAGACAGAGUGACUUCCCUUUUAUAACAAUUGUAUGACAUCACAACAACAAUACACCGUUUUGUUGCAUUGGUGUUAUGUCAAUCUCGGAUACAUUAGAUGACAAACAUGGUAAGAGAAAAUUAACCAUUCACCCCCUUUGGUGUGAGAAAAAGGAUCUCAACCGUCAAGGUAAGAUUCUUAAGCCGUAACUUAGGAAUCUUCUCCCUCGGUUUGAGAUCCACCUUUCUCACCCCCAAGGGGGUUACAGAUUCUACUAAUCUAACACAGGGGUUAGACAACAAGGUCGUUGUACCGUUAUAUAACACAGGGGUUAGACUAAAUGUAAUGUGCCAGUUAUUUUGUACGUGUUCAGGUUGGCAAGUCCUGUGUCUAAUAAAGUUAAUUAACUAGUA